AAACAACAACACGUAGCACACAAAGAAAAACAAACCCCAAAUCUUUUUCCUUUCUUACACAAAUUUCACCAUUAUCUCAAACCACUUUUCACACACGUGGUCUCCACCGUCACGUGAAUUGAGUGUCCAUAUUUUCCAAGUCACCUCAAAUUUUCAAACACUCACAGCACAAUGUCUCAAAACACUCACAACAAUUCUUCUUCUUCUUCACUUUUUCUUCUUCUUCUAUCAUGGGUCUCUCUCCCAAACACUCUCCUCGUACCCCAACUUAUCUCUUUCCAUGUGUCAUCGCUCUCUCUUUCUUCUCUCUUACUGGCCUUCUUCUCUACAAGGUGGACGACGUUGUCAGCCGAACCGGAACCGUGGUAGGUCACAACCUAGAACCAACGCCGUGGCACGUUUUCCCUACGAAACCAUUCGACGAAGAGACUCGUCAGAGCAGAGCCUACAAAAUCAUACAGUGUUCAUAUCUCACAUGCCGUAACGCGGUCUCCGGUGGCAGCGGACGACUCGGUUACGCUGCCGGAGAUGCGAAAGCGAAAGCGCCGACUUGUCCUGAUUUUUUCAAGGCGAUCCGGAGAGAUCUGGAGCCGUGGAUGAAAACCAGAAUUUCGGAGGGGCAUUUGGCGGAAGCGCAAAAGUAUGCGGCUUUUAGAGUGGUGAUUGUUGGAGGGAAGAUGUUUGUUGAUUGGUAUUAUGCUUGUGUUCAGAGUAGGGCUAUGUUUACUGUUUGGGGUUUGUUGCAGCUUUUGAGGAAGUACCCUGGGUUGGUUCCUGAUGUGGAUUUGAUGUUUGAUUGCAUGGAUAAGCCUAGUAUUAACAAAACUGAACAUAAUUCAAAGCCUUUGCCACUCUUUCGAUAUUGUACCACAAAGGAACAUUUUGAUAUACCUUUUCCUGAUUGGUCCUUCUGGGGAUGGUCAGAGAUAAAUAUUAAACCGUGGCGGGAAGAGUUCCCAGAUAUCAAACAAGGUUCUCAAGCUGUAAGUUGGCGAGAUAGGAAGCAGCUAGCAUACUGGAAAGGAAAUCCAGAUGUUUUAUCUCCUAUUCGUACAGAAUUACUAAAUUGCAAUGAUUCUAAAGCGUGGGGAGCAGAAAUUUUGCGUCAGGAUUGGGUUGCAGCUGCUAAAAGUGGCUUUAAGGAAUCAAAACUUUCAAAACAGUGCAAUCACAGGUAUAAGAUCUAUGCUGAAGGGUAUGCAUGGUCUGUGAGUUUGAAAUAUAUUCUCUCAUGUGGUUCUGUUACACUAAUUAUAACACCUCAGUAUGAAGACUUUUUCACUCGUGGCCUUAUUCCACUUCAAAACUUUAUUCCUAUUAAUCCUCUAGAUCUAUGUCCAUCUAUAAAGCGUGCCGUAGACUGGGGAAAUAUGCACCCGAGAGAGGCAGAGGUGUUGGGAAAAAGAGGGCAGGACUAUAUGGAAACCUUAAACAUGGAUCGAGUUUAUGAUUACAUGUUCCACCUUAUCUCGGAAUACUCGAAACUUCUCAACUUCAAGCCUACUCCACCGUCAUCUGCCUUGGAAGUUUGCGCUGAAUCUGUUCUUUGCUUUGCUGAUGAGAAGCAGACGUUAUUCCUUAAUAGUACAAAGGUCUCCCCUUCACAAACACCUCCCUGUACUAUCAAAUAUGUCUAGAGUGACUGAUCUUACCUAUAUUUUGCUGCACGAAAGAUGUGGAGCAUCUAAUAUCCAAGAACAUAUGGUUACAAUGAGUGCCAUUUUCGGUAUCAAAAGAAAAAGAUCGAUGUUGAAUGUAAAUUUAUAGUGCCUUGAGAGGUAAUUAUUUACAAAUUUGUGUUUGUAAUAGGUCAUCAUUAUUUAACAGAGCAUACAAUGCGGGAAUUUUCAUUUUUUUUUGAACUGGCAUUUCUUAUGCCUUCUCUUCAUUUUUAUUUAUUUAUCCUGUUCAUCUUCUCCUAA